UAAUAAGCACAACGUGUGCCUCUGUUUUGCUAGAGACAGACACAGUGCAGAGUCAUUACAGUUGAAAGCAAACUGUGUUCAUAGCUGUCCGGACUGUCGUCUCCAAACAAACUUGUCUCUUAGAAGGCCAUGGACAAUCAGAUAUCAACAGAGAAUGGGAAACACAUCGACUCACACAUGGGGCUUGUUAAGGAUGACAGCAGCAGCCAUAUUGACUAUGAAAAAGAGACGGUCAUGGACAACUUGGGACAUCUUUUCGACCACUGCAUCCAGCAAGUGUCCCACAUGGAGACGCAGAGGAACGAGCUGAUACAGGAGCUCCUCCGUCUGCAGGAGCCCAUGCUGCGAGUUGUGGGACACCUACGAGGGAAGCUGGUAGAGACACAGAGGCUGCUCACGCUGGCUCAACUGGAUUAUGUGGCUGUUUAUGAGGAAGUGAAGGAGGUGAAGAGGAAACUGUUUGCCACAGCCAGAGACUGCAUCCAGAGACAGGUGACGCUGGCUGAACAAGAGUACGAGGUGGCUCAGUCUGCCGUUACACAGGAGGAGCUCAAGGCUUACAUCCAGAGUCUGACCCAAGAGUUGUCCCAUCUCCAGGAGGCCCAGCAGAACCAGCUAAACACCCUGAGGGACCAGGCCUCUAAGCCCCGCAGGCCCAGGGCCACGAGCGACGUCAGUCAGUGCCGGCAGGCUUCUGUCAGACUGCAGCGGAGGCUCAGCGGCAGCGUGAGGGCACUGGAGGGCUGGUACGAGCCUCGGCUUAUGGCCCUGCUGAAGAGAAGACAGGUUGGGGAGGAAGCCUUGAAAAAGAGCAGGGAGCAGGCUAAGGACCUGAGGGCCAGCCUGGGGCCCCUGAGAGAGGACAUACAGAGACUGGAGGUGCAGAGAGCCUGUCUGCUGCAGAGGGUCACUCUGAUGGAGAGGGAGCGGGAAGAGAGCAUCACACAACACAAGGAGACUGCGGAGAACCUAAAAGAGAUUCUGAGAGAACUAGAAGUGGAGUUUGAUGUGCAAAGAAAAUCUACGUACAUUUUGGAGGAUCGUAACGAUGGCCUUUUAAAAGACCUGGCACUUCUGAGAGGCUGUGAUGAACCCAGAGCAACCACUGCAGAGGAGGAUCACUAAUGUUCUGUAGAUAUUAUCUACACCAGAACAAACAACGGUAUAUCAUUUAGAUUUAAAAAAUAAAGUAAAAACAAAUAUAAUAUGCAGCAUAGCUUUACCUUGGUAUCUUCUGCUUCUACAUGCUCAGUAUUGACUCUGACCUACAUUUUUAAAAGCUGGCAUGCUGUGCCAAGAAACGAAGCAAAUUGAUUUACUGUAAAUAUUUUAUUAUGAAUAUACUUAAGUACACAAGAGCUCAGAUACAGCACAAAAAAGCAGAGAAAAAACACACAUACAUACAAGUAGCACACACAAUCUGGAAAAUGUAUCAUAUUAAUAUCAAGCAAAUACAAGAAAAACCUAUAGUAUGUACAAUUUUAUUAAAAAUGGAUCUUCUUAGAAUUUUUUUCAGCACAACCAACAAGGAUGAAAGACAUAAAACCAUCAAAAAGCAAACCUGAAUGUCGGAAACAUUUGUGAUGGUUUCAUCCCAAGCCAAAGGGGAGAACUGGGAAACUAAAAAGAUCUAAAUAUCUGACCAAUACGGACUUACUUUAAAUACUUCACGACAUAUGACAACGCAGCAUUUUAUUCUUUCAA